AUGACUUUCCAUCAUCGAUCGCUAAUAUACAUUUCAUAUUUUCAAAAUUCGAAACUUGGUUACUCUCGUGAUAAAGAAGCUUCCGUCACGAUGGUCUUCAAAGUUGGAAUCAUGGGAGGGUCAGGAUUAGAGGAUCCUCAAAUUCUUCAAAACCCUGUUGAAGUGGAGAUUGACACUCCGUUCGGAAAACCAAGUGAUAAGUAUACCACCGGUACUAUAAACGGUGUUCAAUGUAUUCUUCUCUCUCGGCAUGGAAAGAAGCAUGAUAUCAUGCCCGGUAAUGUUAACUAUCGCGCCAAUAUGUGGGGAUUCAUGAAAUUAGGAGCUUCUGUCAUAAUUGCAUCAACAGCUUGUGGAUCUUUACAAGAGCACAUCGAGCCAGGUCAUUUAGUUUUCCCAGAUUCGGUAUUUGACAGGACAAAUGGAAGAAAAUCAACUUUCUUCGACAAUUCUUACUUGGAAUGUCCAGGAGUUUGCCACAUUCAGUUGCAUCCUGUCUAUCAUCCCCUUCUUCGAAAAAUUAUGAUUGAUGGAGCGAAAGAGCUUGGGUAUAAACACCAUGUUGACGGCUUCGGAGUUUGCAUUGAGGGUCCUCGUUUUUCGACGAAAGCUGAAAGCAAAGUAUUCCGCUCAUAUGGUGCCAGCUUGGUGAACAUGACCAUGAUGCCAGAGUGUGCUCUAGCCAAGGAACUUGGUAUACCAUAUGUAACCGUUGCUCUCGUCACAGACUAUGAUUGUUGGAAAGAAGGCGAACACGUGUCCAUGGAACAAGUGAUGACAACUUUCAAAGAGAACUCCGAAAAGGCUAAACAGUUGAUCGUUUUAUCGGUUCAGAAAGCAUCUCAACAUGAUUGGACGGAAGAAAUCAGAGCACUCAAAAAAUCAGCUAGAUCAUCCGUUAUGAUAUCACCAGACAUUAUCGUCCCCCAUUUAGAUAACUCUGAUAAUGAAGAUGACAACGAUACCUAA